AUGAUGGUGACAGCUUGACCCUGGAACAGAUCAAAUCAGUUUCCUGUGGGAGGACCUUUUUAAGAUUCAACAGUAGUUGAAGAAAAAUCCAAGUGAAGGUCAGCAAAUAAACAUGAUUUAUGGGGAUGUUAGCAUACUAAGUGUAUGUCUUGAUGGGUUGUUUUGGCACUGGUCUACAAGUAAAAUGCUUCCGGAACAAAAAUAGUGACAUUUUUCUUGGUUUAGGUCACUGAUAAAGUCAGAAGUGCAGAUUGGCUAUGGUCUCCAAGAUACAGUAUCUAGUCAAAAUAGGGAAUGUAGUUGUAGUUUAUCAGAACGUAAAGUGUGUCUACAUGCAAACAGUUCUACCAGAAAGCCAGAGUUUUGUUAUAAAAUUUGUAUUUAUUGGCAGAAAUCUGUCCCUAUAAGGCAGAUAAUUAUAAGCAGCUGGUGACAAACAUCCAACUUUAUUGUCACUUUUUAUCACAUGAUCACAUUCCUCUUUCUGAACUCCGGCAGCUUCAACAACAAAAGGUAAAGCCCUUCUGAAAAUGGACGACGUGCUAUCAAGCGUCUCAUACUAUCUCCUCGCUCAUCUGUUUUCAGGGAACAUCACCAUCAGCACCCCCCUUUCCCCGAACAGACCGACAGCACAUCUCCACCUGUAUGCGAGCUUCAAAGUGAGGUGUGAAGGACAGGCUGCAGAUCUACAAGCACAAAAGAACGAUCUUUUUAGCCGGUUUGGACUUCAAACUGUUAACUUAUUUUGACUUGAUAGUGAAGAAACGCAUGAUGUCGACGCCGUCACGCUUCAUUUAAAUGGUUAUAAUGUACAACCAGUUGAUGUAAAGGAGGAAGACGAAGCAUGCUGUCAAGGUUCUGGCCCUUCAGCACCGAGCAGGAAGUCCACUCAUGGGAUGUAGUGGAUGCAGAGUCAGGUUCAACUCGGCCAAGGUGCUGUCCUUCCUCACCAUGGUCCUGAUCUUCACUUACUUCUUCUACUGCCUCACCGGGAUCUGCCACUCGGCUCCGAGGACUUUGUAUGUGGACGAUGACAGUCUGGGCGUUCUUCUGGAACCUCUUCCAGGGAACCGAACCGCCUCUACAGACGUCGUGCAGCCCCGCAGCCUGCUGGAGGACAACAACAACAACAACAACAUUCCUGUGUCCAACACUUUUGGGACCAAGAGGUUCCCACAGGCCAUCAUCAUCGGCGUGAAGAAGGGAGGAACCCGCGCUUUGCUCGAGUUCCUCCGAAUCCAUCCGGACGUCAGAGCCGUGGGAGCUGAACCUCACUUCUUUGACAGGUUCUACGAUAAAGGACUGGAGUGGUACAGGAACUUGAUGCCUCGAACCCUGGAUGGUCAGAUCACCAUGGAGAAGACCCCCAGCUACUUUGUCACUAAGGAGGCUCCAGGUCGCAUCUGCACUUUGAACUGCCAAACCAAGCUCAUCGUGGUGGUCAGGGAUCCAGUGACUCGAGCUGUGUCUGACUACACUCAGACUCUCUCCAAGAACCCGGGUCUCCCCUCCUUUCAGAGUCUGGCCCUGAGGAACGCCUCGACAACAGAACUCAUCGACACUUCAUGGAGCGCCGUGCGCAUCGGCCUCUAUGCCAAACAUCUGGAGAACUGGCUCCAGUAUUUCCCUUUGUCGCAGUUUCUUUUUGUCUGCGGUGAGCGCUUGGUGUCCGAUCCUGCCGGGGAGAUGGGUCGAGUCCAGGACUUCCUGGGUCUGAAAAGGGUCGUCUCCGAGAAGCAUUUCUACUUCAACCAGACCAAAGGCUUCCCUUGCUUGAAGAAGCCCGAGGGCAGCAGCAGGCCUCGUUGUUUGGGGAAGUCAAAAGGGAGACCUCACCCUCAGAUUCCAACCCAGGUCCUGCAGAAACUGAGAGACUUCUACAGACCUUACAACCACCGCUUCUACCAGAUGAGUGGACAGGACUUUGGCUGGGACUAACAUGUGGAGGACCCAGGGACUCUUGAGUAGAACCAGACUCUCAGGAAUGUCCCCCCUGACAUGCGACACUUUGUUGUCGUGUAAAAAUCGCCAUGAAUGCUGCUAACAAGUAUCAUUUAUGGUUCGCAUCAUAAGGGAGUUCAACCAAAGGGAAAACAUUGCCUCAAAGUAUAUUUUUUGACUUGCUUUAAUUAAAUAAGCUAAUAUUUAUAGUUUUUUUGUCAAGUAACAGACAAUUUAAAGAUUUCUAUGUAUUUAUUAUUACAUUACAAGACAAAUAAGAUAAGAAAAAUGGGAAAUGCCUUAAUCUGUAAUGACGGACCACUAUUUGUUUCUAAACAGUAUUAACCUGACUGGGUUUUAUUUUCAUUACAGAAGGAACUAUGUUGUAUGAUUUGAAGCAUAUACAAGUUGUGUCAAUCCAUUUUCCGUCUUGUCAAGUUUUAUUUUUACGGUGUCUUUGUUCAUUUCUUAAAAGUCCCAUAAAAUGACAUUAACUGCUCUGUGAAUUCAAACCAUUUGUUCUUCUUUAGUUCCAUGUGUUCUUCCUUGGUGAAGCCUCUUUUGCAAAUCCGAGGCCUUUAAUCUGAUGUUUUUGAGUUAUGUAAUCAUAGACAGAAAGGUUUGGGGGUGUUAAACUUCACACCCCAGUCCUAAAAUUGAAUGAAACCCUUUUUCCCCCCUCCGUCAUGUCUCAGCUACAACCACAGAAGCUGGGAAAUGUAUGAGUUUGGACAUCAGCGUUGUAACAGAAUACAGUCAUGUAGUUACCUGUGCAUUUCACACAGAACCCAACAAAGCGGAAAACUGCCACAACUGCCAGCUUUUACACGGGUGUCCGUUAUGCUUCGGAUACUACUGCAAAAAAACAGCAACCACCCAUUUGACUUGGGGAAUCAUAGUUCUAACAGAAGAUCCAGUCAUUUAUUAAUCUUUGCAUUUCAAACAGAACACAUUAAAGCGGAAUAUUAUCCUAACACAGGAAAACACAGCGCCUGUGUCUGUUGUUAUUAUAUAAAUACUUGUGUGAGUGAGCUUCAGAUGUUAAACUUCAUACUCAAGUCCUACAAUUGCAGUAUACCACUUCACACAGGUGCCAUCCCGCCUCUGUUACACCUCAGAUACUACUGCAGGAACAAGAAAAAGGGUCCGCUUUGGAUUGGGGAAUCCGAGUUGUAACAGAGGAUCCAGUCAUUUAUCGAUGCAUUUCACACAGAACCCAUCAAAGUGGAAUAUAAUCCCAGCUCACAAACUUGAUCAAAGUUACUUAAGAUUUGUCAGAUUAAAAUACUGAUCGCUGCAUAAACACGUGACAGCAGCAUCUAUUUCACUACUUCCUGGUUUGGCGUUCUAAGCAUCAUGGGAACUGUAGUUCUUUUAGUGUAAACAUAAAAAUAAUUUACUGCAAUCUGUUUUACAUGAUUUUUACACAACAACACGUCAACAUAAAUGAUUGGUUACAGCAGCUCCUACAGCGGUGGAAAAAAACGUAAACCGCUGAAAAGCAUCAUGCUUAGGUCAUGCAUGCAAAGUUAUAAAACAUUUCAAAAUGUG